AUGUAUCAGUUGGGGACCAGAUUUAAGAAGCGGAAUACAACAGAUGGACAGAUGAUCAAGCAACAAUUUUACAGACGAGUUCCUGUAUCCCUUGCUUUGAAACCUGUCACGCUUCCAUACCGAACCCCCUCAAUUACCCCCAGGUGCGUCAACCUCUUAGACUUGGUCUUUGGUACAAUAUCCCUGGGAACGGACCUGGACAACAGCGGAGCCAACAGCAGCAUCAGUGGCAGCAGUCGUGGCGGAUCUACACCAACCACAUCCAACACACCGGUGUUUAAUUUGGACAAAAUUGCCAUAGAUAGUGCCGAUAAGAACUGGAUACGGCUGCCAGUGCCUAAGGACACCCAGGCCCCCCGACUGCUCCUUAUGGGCCUUGGCAAGCCGUACAUCAGCACCGCUGGCGAGCCGGUCAUACUGGAUGAAGUGCCGUAUGGAUCAGCCUGGACAGAUCCAGGCGCUACCGCCUUCGACAUUGACGAAUUCGGUGCAACAAUCAACCUGACGAACGCUAUCCAAGCGUACGGCAUCACUGCUGUCGACACUUUCGCUGCCACACCUCCGCUGGCUCUGCACAGCUAUGUCAUUCGAUACAGUGUGACCGACAGCAGCGGUGUGGCAGCCGUCGGCUGGCGCUUAAUCAAGAUCAUCUGCACCCCGCCAGAAACGUUUUGUGUGGAUGACGAGGGGGAAGGGCAGUGCACGGGCCCAAGACUGGUGAAAAUCCCGCAGUUUGGCAGCUUUGACAGGUGCAUGCAGGACAUACCAGUUAGUCUCCCUUGCGACGCCGGUGCACGCGUCCUGGACCCGUUGGAAGGGGACCUGAGCAGCAGGCUGCGGGUAUGCGGACAACCAUUCACGCCUUCCAGUACGGCGGCGACGGCAUACACUACCGUGCCGGUGCUGCUGGCCUGCAACAUUUCCAGUUCGAUCCCCGGCGUGUACACAAUUACCUACGAUGUUUCCAACAGUGGUGGCAGGACGGCGGCCACCAUGCGCACACUGGUGGUCCGGGCAGCUUGCCUCCCUGGUGAACGGUUAUGUGGCGAUAAUGUGACCUGCUCUGUGGACCAGGUGUGUCUCAGCGAGCUUGGAUCCAUCGGCAAGCUUGGAAGACCCCAAGCAGCCGGAGUCGUUAGUCAGCAGCAAACUCCGCCUAACCAGGCCCCCACCAUCGAGCUCCAUGUCUCGGAGGCAGCGUCGAUGUUGGUGCAUGUUAUGAGGGGCGCGAGGUACGACUAUUGCAAUGGCAGUGUACCGACUUUCGACAAGCCGUGUGAGCCAGGCGCCCGAGCAACGGACCCCGAUGGCGCCGUAUCAAGGAAUGAGGCUACAUCCUCUUCGGUGCUGGUUGCUCUCGAUCUGACAGGCGCAGUCAUAGCCUGUCCACCGGCGGCGUGUUUGUCAGCCGAAGGGUGCACGACGCGGGAGUUAGAGAGCUACACACUGCGCCUGCGCGGGCUGGCAGGCUGUGGGAUCAACACGCUGGCGACGGUAGGGACCAUCUUCCCGGUAGACUUCUGGGUGUGGGAUAACGCCCGCGCCAACGCUACUGUACGGCGUUACGUCAUCAUCUCGGACCCAUGCGCCGCUUCAACCGUCACAAGUGUCAUGGGCACCACGGGGAACAUCAGCGGCUCCCCUCCCUUGCCCACCACUUACUGUGAGGACCCACAAGGAGGGUUUUUCUGCUCGCCACUCCCGUGUUCUGUUGCCAAUCGGCUCAAGACUCCUGUGCUGUACACACCGGCGCUCGCCGUACUACCCAGUGUCGCGUAUGUGGAGUACGGCAAAGUGCCAAAGAUGUACCUGGGGCCGUGUAGGGCAAUAAAUGACACAUCAGGUUGCAGCGUCUUCGCACUGGGCCUUACUGUUUACGGUGACGGCCGACGAAUGUUGUUAGAUCUGACAGGGUCCAUUACCGUACAGCCAACUAUCAGCUGCGAUCAGGGCAGUGGCGACAGCAAGAAGCAAUGUAAGACGUGCACGAUGGAGAUGCUUCACCUGCCGCGGGGGUGUCCGCCAGGAACUUACAAGUACAAGUUUACUGCGAGUAACGGCUACAGUGAAGUCGCCUCGUAUCGCACCGUACAUGUGUACUACAAGUCCUCCACGCUCGUCUCAUUCCCAUCACCGUUAUCCGCCCCCGCUGACUUCAAGUACAACAGCGCAACCUUAGCGGCGGCGCAUGCGGCCGCUAUCAACACUAGUGUCGCAUCACUGGCAGACACCUCCGCCUCAAUAAUCCCGGCGCUCAUAACCAUGAACGCUACCGAGCCGUACAAGAUGGCAUUCUCGUACGCCGCCAAUCGCUUGGCGUCAUUGGGAUAUGACUCCUCAGACAUACAACUGCUGGGUGCAAGCACAGAGCAAGUAUCAAGCGCUACCACCGUGCUCCGUGUGGCGGCGGCAAUACACACCUACCUGCCCUCAGCCGUACACCGUGGUGCUGUCGCUGAUUUCAACAACUUCACAUCGUUUUUCAUGAAUGACCCAUCUUUUCGCCACGAGAAGCUGUUGGCGGUCUUCGGAUACAACACCAAUACAGGAACAGUGCACCUGGCCGGUGAUGCUGACAUCAGUGGUAUUACCCAUCAUCGCCGUGAACUAAGUGAAAUGCAGCCCGAUGACGCCAGUGAUUUGAAGCACUCCUUGGCGGUCCCGUAUCCAGCCAACAGUGUUGGCAGCAGUGUUGAAGGCCACCUUGCUCGGGAGUCACGGGCCCAGAAGGCAUUGGAACUCGAUGGUACCAGCCAUGGAGUUGUGGAGGACUUGAUUUUGGAGCUGCUGAUGGCAAACAUCCACAAUCGGUAUCGUGGCGGAGGCGGCGCCUCCAUCCCCGACCGGGAUGCCACUGGUGAUGUAUACCAUCACAUGCUGGUCCCUGCUGCCGGGAGGUGGUUGGCGGCAAUUGCAGAGGCACUCUGGCUGCCCUUGCGGCUCCUGACACCACAGAAGGACGUUGGCACUGUCAUGAGUGACGGGGAUGAAACCAUGGCGACAGGGCUACCCAACCUAACUCCAAGAAUGCCGGUGGAAAUUGCCUCUGGGGAAAGUGGUAGCGACAGCAAUGGUAUUGACACGCAUCAUUUACAAAGGCUAUCAGUGGAAGAUGGGCUUGGCAGUCACAGUCGGCAGCGGCUGCUACUGCAGCAGCAGCUUCCUGGUGAUGGCCCAGCAAUUACUGCUGCACUCAGCGCUGAGCCUGGCUCUGAAAAGAUCAGUGACGAUACUGCUGCGGAACUGCCCGAUGGUGCCUCAUCGUCUGUUUCCCUCGUGCAGAUGCUCAUAGAAGCGCUUUCGCAGCAGGCAGUGGAGCUGGUGAUGGAGGGUUCCAGUAUAGCAGCUCGGAUGAGCAGCGGUGAUCUAGAUAGUGGUCCGCAGGCAGCAGACCUGCGUCAGUCAGCAGAGGAAAUGUUAUCAUACUCGCAGCUUUUAACGGACAUGACUAGCGUGGCCGUGGACACGCAAGCUAGCCUGAAUGAAAUCAUCAUCACUCAAAAGGAGCUGCGGUCAGUGCUCGCUGCAGCCGCUGGCGCCUCUGCUGCCAUGCAAAGCUUGGUGACGACUGCUGCUGAAGCGUCCAAUGCAAAUGCUGAUGCUGCAGCCACAGCUGCUCGUCAGCUGCUGAUAGAUCUGGAAGCAGGCGCGAGUACGUCCGCAUCAGCGGCCGUUAAAGCAAUGCAUCUGGCAGAGGCGGCAUUGGGGGAGGUCGAGUACGUGUGGAUAAACUGCGGGGAUGACCUGGCAGAUGAUACACAACGCACAUUGCUUCAGUGGCGAUUCCAUAUCAAUGUGUACAGUGCUACGGAUGUGGACACCGGUGAUGAUAACCCCACAGCGGGGGUAUCCAACGGUGAGUGUUUUAGAAUAAAAGCUGGAGGGAUGGGGGCCCAGGGGCUAGGUAGCUAG